CCGCCGCCGAGGUGACUGAGGAGGAGCCCCCCAGCUGCCCGCCCGUCCUCGCCGCCGGACUUCAAUGCCCAGCCCCCAGCUCGCCGGCGUUCUCUGUUGGAAUUCACGCCGCACAUUUAUGGCGAUUCUGAGCGUGCAGGCAGACUUCUGCCAGGCUCAGCACAGUGCUUUUGCUGACAAGUGAGCUUGAGGCUUCUAUGUGCCAUAAUUAACAUUGCCUUGAAGACUCCGGACACCAAGAUUGGCCUCAGAGAUAUUUGGCAUAUAUCUAUAUUUUUUUCAUAUUGGAAGCAUAUUCCCUUUAACGGCUCCAGCAAAAUUAAGUAUCAAGAAAACACAAGUGCAGAGCGGGUCUAUACUUUCACCUUGCCUCACCAGUGCCUAAAUGUAGGAAAGGCCGCUGAAGUUGCAGGCAGUUGGAAUUUUGAAGGUUGAAGGUAACCAUCUGCAGUCAUUGAGGCCCAAGUUGAAUCUGAAUUCCAGUGGAUUCUAAGUAGAUCUGCUUAUCCUGAAGAAACUCCUUAAGGAAGGAACAAGCUGACCAGAGAAGACACUGAUCAAUAAUAGGCAUUUUUGUGGUCUUUUUAAUGUUUUCUGCUGUGAAACGUUUCAAGGGUUAUUGAUUUUCCCCCCCCAUUUUCCCAUCUCUCUUCCUCAAACACACACACCCACGCAUACCUGCUCCUCCCGUUUCUCUCUUUCUCUCCCACGAAUACACACUUUUUGUCUGCCAUAAUGAACCGUCCAGCCCCUGUGGAGAUCUCUUAUGAGAACAUGCGUUUUCUGAUUACCCACAAUCCUACCAAUGCAACACUCAACAAGUUCACGGAGGAACUUAAGAAGUAUGGUGUGACAACUUUGGUCCGAGUUUGUGAUGCUACGUAUGAUAAAGCUCCAGUUGAAAAAGAAGGAAUCCAGGUUCUAGACUGGCCAUUUGAUGAUGGAGCUCCACCUCCUAAUCAGAUAGUAGAUGAUUGGCUAAACCUAUUAAAAAGCAAAUUUCGAGAAGAGCCGGGUUGCUGCGUUGCUGUGCACUGUGUUGCAGGGCUGGGAAGGGCACCUGUGCUGGUUGCACUUGCUUUGAUUGAAUGUGGAAUGAAGUAUGAAGAUGCAGUUCAGUUUAUACGACAAAAAAGAAGGGGAGCAUUCAAUUCCAAACAGCUGCUUUACCUUGAGAAGUACCGACCUAAGAUGCGAUUACGCUUCAGAGAUACCAAUGGGCAUUGCUGUGUUCAGUAGAGAAAAAGCCGAAUUUGAUUGUGGUUUUUUUGUUUUUGUUUUUGUUUUUUUUUUUUUUUUGUGGGGACUCUUGGUACCUGGAAAUGUGAAUCUGGAAUCUAACUAUGUCAUCAAAGUAGUGAUGGGAGUCAGUGCUCCUUAACCUCUGCCCUGAUGUUUUAAAAACAAAACAAAACAAAAAGCCCUCUGUGACAUGAGUAAUAAAAAGUUUAAAGAGAGAGAGGGGGAAAAAAAGAUGAAUUCAGUGAAGGAUGAUUUUCUCUCAGUGUUGCAGUUUGAAUUUCUGCCAGGGGUGAAUCAUUUCUAAACCUCCUAUAUUUUUUAACUUUUUUUCAAAAUGAGGUCUCUAAGGAAAACCAGCAGAACAUUGGCCUGUGCAAAAACCAUUUGUUUGGGGGACACACCUGACAGUUAGGCCUGGCCCUUCCACCUCCUUGUGGCAUUUCCUCUCUGCUUAUCUUUCCCUUGGCCCCCUUGUGUGUGUGUGUGCGCAUGUGCGUGCGCACGUGCGCGCGCUCGAGUGCAUGUGUGUGUGUGUGUGUGGACAGAGGCAAGGAGGAGCCCUGGUUGUUGUGGGUGUGUACAGUCUGACAGCCUUAAGCCCAACUGGGCACUUUUAGAAAUAACAGUGGCAUUUGUGUUCUGUGGCCCAGGGGAUUGGUUCUUAGUCUUGAAUAACAAGGAGAUGUUCUUUUUAGUCUUUCUUUUCUUUAAAAUUCAACUUACUAUUAGGCAGAGCAGCCAAGGAAUCCUUUUUUUGGGGGGGGGGAUUUAAAGGUUGGAUUUUUUGUUUUGUGUUAGAUUUUGUUUUUGUUUUUGUUUUGUAAUUGAGGUGGGGGUAGUAUUAAGAGGAGUAUAUCUUCUGUUAUGUGUGCAUUCAUACUUGUCCAAAGAACUUAGCUAAGAGAUGAACUGUUUCCUUCUAUUGCCUAAGUAAGAAUAUGGAGCAAAAGCUAAGUGGAUUGUGGGAAGAUGAACUUUUUUGCUAGGUGGGAGGAAAGGCCUCCUUCUUCCAGGUCAGACUGGUUCUCUUCCUCAAGAGGCCCUUCCAGGCAGGGAGUUAGCAUACUUUUUUCCUACCCAUUACAGACAUGCCAGCUGUAGUCAUUUUUCAGACUUGAUGUUGGACAAUGGCAGAGCCCACCGAUGGUUUGAAAUGCCUGUUUCAAGACUAGUUUGUGUAUUGUGGGUGAGUUUUCAUGGAUAGAGUAGACAGUCCUUAGUUGUGGACUUCAGAAUAACUAAAUGCCUGGUGUGGGUAUUCCCAAACUGGCCCUUGUGUACAGUUUCAGUUUAACCACUGAUUGCCUUGUUCUUUUCUUACUCGAUUCUUUUUUGAGAUUAAAAUCACUGGUUCAAAACCAGCAAUGCCUAUUGAGUGUUUAGUCCAUAGGCCAUGGCAUGGUAGAGAAGAGGCCUUGAAUGAGUUGGAGCCUUGGGAAUCUGGAAUGGGUUGCUUGUGGAUAGGUGCAGCAUUAUUUGUGCAGGGUCCUUGCAGGGUUCCGUGUGCUAAUCUAGACUUCCUGCUCCUUCCCAGGCAGCAGCUCUAGCCAGGCCGAUUUGGUAGUACAGUGGGAGAGCCCUGACUAGGGCCCUUGUACUUUUUCACCUCAACUUGCAUAUGUAACAUUGUUCCACUUCUGAGGCUUGAGAUACAGGCUUAAGGUCACCUUGUCCUGCUGUGUCUUGCUGUGCAGAGCCAAAAACUUUUCAUUUGUUUAGAGCAGCUGGGUCAGUGGGAAUGGACUGGCCGGUACCUUGUCUCACACUGAUACCUCAGAUGCCGGCUAUGUGAACUGCCUCUUUUCUUGUUCCCAGACUUCUGUUUUGAUUGUUAGCUAAAUGCAAAACUGCAGAUUAUUCUCUUUCCCUCUUCCUCCUUCCCCCUGAAAACAUGAAAUAAUGCAUUUUAAAUUGUUCCUAGGGUUUUAAAGUUUAAAAAAUGAUGGUACUAUCCAAGAUUUAUUUUAGAACAUGCCAAUAGAUUCCUUUUAACAUAGGCCUAAGAUCAAAACAGCACCCCUCAAAGCUCAGACAAGACUGUCUGUUUGCUCAAAGGUUAUUUCAUCAAUACCAUAAUAAGCCUCUUGCCUUUGAAAAUUUUAUUUUCAUUGUUGUUAAGAGGUAGGGCAGCAUAGUGUCCAGCAACAUCAGUGCCUGCCUAGUUAGGAGAACAUUCCUGGUUUUGUCUAAUAAGAAGGGUGUACAAGGCUAUACUCAAUAUUAGCCCUCUUUUUGUUUUGAACUGCAGACUAAUGUUAACUAUUCUCAGAACUGGAUUUUUUUUUUUUGUAAAAUUGUUUUUCUUUUGAAUUUAAUGAAGUAUUGCUAGCUGAAGCCAGUUUGACAUGGUAAGAGAGAUGUUGGACUGAUUGAGAGGUGUGCAGCCUGAUUCCAAACAAACUCUGAACCCUUUUAAAGAACAAUAAAACAUAUUUUACAUGCUC